AUGGGCUGGCUGAGUUGGGAGAGGUACAGAUGCAUGACUGACUGUGUUAAUUAUCCUGAUGACUGCAUCAGUGAAAAGUUAUUUAAAAACACGGCAGAUCAGAUUGUGGAUGGAGGCUAUAAAGAUGCUGGCUACGAGUACGUGAUGAUCGACGACUGCUGGCAGGCUCAGACAAGAGAUGGCGCCAACAAACUUCAGCCAGAUCCGGAUAGAUUCCCCAAUGGAAUUAAAUAUCUCGCUGAUUAUAUCCACAAACUGGGUCUAAAGUUCGGCAUAUAUUCGGACGUCGGUGACACUUCAUGUGCCGGUUUUCCCGGCACCGAGUACCAUUUUGAGGAGGACGCCCAGACGUUCGCUGAUUGGACGAUCGAUUUUUUGAAACUAGAUGGAUGUUACUACGAUAUGGAUAACAUUCCCCCAAAUGGGGUACUACCUGAAUCGAACUGGCCGCCCGAUUGGCUACCAUUGCGAUUGGCCCUGCUAUUAGGAAUACGUUGGCAAGCAGCCAAGCAUUGCAACUCCUGGCGAAACUGUCACGACAUUGAUGAUUCGUGGGACAGUCUGCUGGGCAUUGUGAACUGUGAGGGGGAUGAUAAAACGCAUUUUCUGGAAGUUGCAGGACCUGGAAACUUCAAUGAUGCUGAUAUUGUUGCGUAUUCAUUAUCAUCGUCAUGGCCAUCGUCAUCGUCACCAUCAUUUCAAAAGCGAUAUUAUCAAUAG